CUGACUCCCUCCGAUAGACUGACUCCGACGGGCAAUGCGUCUACCGUUACCGGUAUUCUCUGCCAGCCUCACCUAUCUUUCUACCCUCUUCCACUAAAAUAAUAUCCGGGGUCCGUCACGGCGGCUUUUGUUUUGAAACGUGUUGACCGGAAAUACCCGCGUACCUAACCUGGAUGUUUUACAGUCGUCAGCCAAACCCGGACUGGCUCCCUGUCUCCGUUUUGAUGGAGUCACUGCGGGAUCACACAGGUCCAUUCAGGGUGUUGGUGACAGGAGGGUCUGGCUUGGUGGGUAGGGCCAUACAGCAUGUAGUGAAAGAGGAGGGAGCAGGCAAGGAGGGGGAAGAGUGGAUCUUCCUUUCCUCUAAGGAUGCCAACCUCAUGACCAUGGAGGAGACGCAGGCUGCUUUUCGGAAACAUAGGCCCACCCAUGUCAUCCAUUUAGCUGCUAUGGUGGGAGGGCUCUUCAAAAACAUGAGGGCCAACCUGGACUUCUGGAGAAACAAUAUCCACAUAAAUGAUAAUGUGCUGCAGGCAGCACAUGAAGUGGGUGUGGUGAAAGUGGUGUCUUGCUUAUCCACCUGCAUCUUCCCAGAUAAGACCAACUAUCCCAUUGACGAAACCAUGAUCCAUAAUGGUCCACCUCAUCAGUCUAACUUUGGGUAUUCCUAUGCAAAGAGAAUGCUUGAUGUUCAUAAUAGGGCAUAUUUUCAACAGUAUGGGCGCUGCUACACAGCUGUGAUCCCCACUAAUGUGUUUGGGCCCCAUGACAACUUCAGCAUUGAGGAUGGCCAUGUGCUGCCAGGCCUCAUACACAAAACUUACAGUGCUAAGAAGGAGUGUAAGCCCCUGAUUGUCUGGGGUUCUGGUUCUCCCAGGAGGCAGUUUAUCUAUUCUUUGGACUUGGCCCGCCUCUUUUUAUGGGUUCUGAGGGAGUAUCAUGAAGUGGAUCCAAUCAUAUUGUCAGUUGGUGAGGAAGAUGAGGUGUCCAUCAAAGAAGCAGCAGAAGCAGUUGCGCAAGCCCUUGACUUCAAAGGUGAAGUAGUGUAUGACACCAGCAAAGCAGAUGGCCAGUUCAAGAAGACUGCCAGUAAUUCCAAGCUGCUACGUUACCUCCCAAACUUCACAUUUACCCCCUUCAACCAAGCUUUGAAGGACACCUGCGAGUGGUUUGUUGCCAACUAUGACACAGCUCGUAAGUGAAAAAAACUGCCAAACGAAGUCGGUAAUGUCUUGAUUGAGCCACAGUUGGAUCUACUGAAACAGGGUAGAUCACGAUGGUGGUGUUGGUAGACGCUAAAGAUGAUUUGUCCAACAAGGCACGAUGUCGUUUGCUGUGAAUGAAGUUUAUCAAUAUCAUCCUAAUUAUACCACUCGCACCUAUGGACUCCUAAGUGUGUGAGGUCAACAGUGCCCUGAGGACUCUAAAAUCAUUUGAGACAGGGUAAUGGGAGGCACAUCCAUUUCUCUGUUCUACUGCAACCACUAGCAGACCAGAACUUGUCCCAAGGCUUAGAAAUAGUUCCCGUAGGGUCCGCGGUGGCGUAGCGGUCUAAGCGUCGGCUUGGUGUCGAUGCAGUUGCCCACUGGGGACUGGGGUUCGCGCCCCGGUCUCGUCAGAUCCGACUAUGGCCGGACUCGAUGAAGCAGCAAUCAUUGGCAACGCUGUCUUCGGGAGGGGGGCGGAGUCGGCUUGUGUUCGUCAUGUGAAUGCGUCUCUGUGUGUGUCGGAAAAACAGUGGUUCGGCUUGGAUUCGCCUUGUCACGAAAGUGGGGAGGCGCUUUCCUUCGAGACUGCCGGCCGGAGAGAUGCAGUUGGCGAACGCAUGCAAUACGAGGGUGGGUGUUUGAAUUAAAAUAGGGAUCAAUUGGCCACUAAAUUGGGAGAAAAAAGGGAAAAAUCAGAAAUAAAAAUUAAAAAAAAAAAAAGAAAUAGUUCCCAUUUGUAUGAAUGAAUAAUGUUGCAUCAACUGGACACUUUAGUUGACCCAGCUUUUUUUUUUUUUUUUAAUUGGCACAGAGUUUUAGUUGUAGCCAUUUCCAUCUGGUUGAUGACUGGUUAACUUUACACACAUUUUGAGCAGACAUUUUUCAGUGUUAAGCUUAAUAUACAAUUUUUAUAUUUUCGUUUUGCCAUUGUCUGAAACGUUUCUGUAACAGGUGCAGACAUAUUUCAUAGUGAGAAUAUUCUUUUUUCAGCUGUCCAUGUCGAAUGAUAAUGAAUGAACGAGUUUGGAUCAAAGGAUUUUGUUUGAAAUUAGCCUCGCUUCACUUUAUUGAAUGAAUCACACAAUGAAUGUUUUCUCUUUAUUGCAAUACGUUGGAGUUGGUGGUUUAGAUUAUUUUCACUGUUAUGGAAUGGGCUCAGUUGUCAAGCUGAUAAAUAUUUUUUUUA